GAUGAUGAGCAACGACGAGAUUUGGAAGCGCGAUUAAUAUUUGAGGAUGAAAAAUUAGCAUAUGAUACUGGUAAUAUUUGACGGUUGAGGACGGCGGGAGAAGCGGUCGGUCGGUGUCGCGCACGCAUCCAUCCGCCCAUCUUUCCCUCCUCGCAUAAUCGGGAGAGAGGCGUCGACCGUCGCUGCCUCGCCUUCCCCCUACCUUCCUUUCCUUCCCUUUCUGGCGGCGAGAGCGAGAAUUUCUUUUUUUUUUUUUUAAUCUCCCAUCGAUGGUUUGAUUCGUUUCUAGGGUCAGAAGUAGCUCCGGAAGACGGAUUGUGAACGGAUUUGGUGAGCACAAAGAGCUUCACUGAUGAUUUGAGGAGACCUUGACAAUUGCUUAAAGGAUCUGCUGUUAAACACAACACUAUGCGAUCAUCAGCAACUACAAAAGUAAAGAACUGGCUUUUGUUAUAAUAUAGGAGUUCUUCAGCAGCAUUUGAUCCAUGGGCGAGUGGGUUAUUGGUGCAUUGAUCAACAUAGUUGGAAGUAUUGCCAUAAAUUUUGGAACUAACCUUCUAAAACUGGGUCAUGAUCAGCGAGAAAAACUUUCCACACUUGGGGGCGAUGGAGCCAAUGGCAAAUUUAUUCUGAAACCAAUCAUAUAUUUUCAGACAUGGAGAGUUGGUAUUCUCUUUUUUGCUUUGGGGAACUGCCUUAAUUUCAUCUCCUUCGCAUAUGCUGCACAGUCACUUCUUGCAGCCCUGGGGUCGAUACAAUUUAUAUCAAAUAUUGCAUUUGCUUACUUUGUCUUAAGUAAGACAGUGUCAGUCAAAGUUAUGGUAGCAACAGCUUUUAUUGUUUUUGGCAAUAUCUUCCUAGUUUCUUUUGGCAAUCACCAGUCACCUGUGUACACACCUGAGCAGUUAAUUGCUAAGUACAGCAAUUUAGUGUUUCUCCUUUAUUGCCUGAUGUUGGUGUUGGUUGUUGCUGGAAAUCACUAUAUUUACAGGAGAGGAGAGGCUUAUCUUGCACUUUCUGGAAAAGAUUUUAGCCCCUAUUGGCGCACGCUUCUGCCAUUUUCAUAUGCCACUGUUUCUGGUGCUGUAGGAUCCUGCUCAGUGUUGUUUGCAAAAUCAUUGUCUAACAUGCUGAGACUGACCAUUGGCAGCAACUAUCAACUGCAUAGCUGGUUUACAUAUUCCAUGCUUUUGUUGUUUUUUAGCACAGCAGGAUUUUGGAUGGCGAGAUUGAAUGAAGGAUUGUCUCUGUUUGAUGCAAUCCUCAUUGUUCCCAUGCUUCAGAUUGCAUGGACCUUCUUUUCUAUCUGUACAGGAUUUGUAUACUUUCAAGAAUAUCAAGUAUUUGAUACUCUAAGAAUAACAAUGUUUCUCUUGGGUAUGACAUUUGUAUUUGUAGGCAUUUCCCUGUUGGCACCUGAUGAUGUCAAAGGAAGUGAUGCAAAGGAUUCUUCUUUGCCUUCCUCAACAGCUCAAGGUGUUGCUGAUAUAAACAGAUUUGUCAAGCUACCAUCAGAAGAGGCUGAAAUAAAUGAUGUGACAUCUUUCAUGAAUGUGAUGAGGACAAAAGCAAACUCUAUUAUAGUGAAGGCAAAGGCUGCUUGCUCACUCUCAUUAGGUCUAGGUGAGGAGUCAAUUAGUGCUUCUUCGGUGCUUGUAAUGCCUAUGGUGUCUUCAAGGACAACUGGUUUUAGAGGAACCGUUUUUGAACGGGCAAAGUUCAUUCCUGUUAGAAGUUCUAGUUGGAGCUAUCCUUCUAUUGAUGAUGAUCUUGAUCAUGAUGACGCAGAAUUGCAGGACACGAGGACUCUGCUUUCAUAGAGCCAUGGGUAUAGGUGGUGUGAAUUUGUUGUUUGUUGAUGAGAUGGUUAUUUUUUAUAACUUGUAUUUUGAAUGUAUAGAUUUAUAAAUUUUCCUUUUUAAAAAAUCCUUCUGUCAUCAAAAUUGAAUUUGUCAGACCUUGGUUAUAUAUGAAUCCCUGUUUCCGGAA